GACUUCAUAUACCGAGGUUAAGCAGUAUCCAGACUUUAACCCACAGGCCAUUGCCCUGUACAACUCCAUAGCAGUGCAACAAUUGCAGGAGACUGGCACGGUUUUUUGGGACAGCACACUAAGGUUAUCGAUUGCCUAUACGGAGGAAUGCGUCAGAUCCAAUAGAAUCACGCCAGCUACCAAUGAGUGGAACUGCGGUGACCCGGGACAUAUAGGAUACAUUAUGUUGGAUCAGUAUGCGGAUAUGAUAUAUAAUGCUUUUUGCAAUAGGUUCCUAAACCUGACUGACGAUUAUUGUGACACAGGUCGCUAGCUGUAAUUGCUAGAUCUUUGUUCAUCUCGUUACCUUAGAAAAAUGUUUUGGAAGUAACUGAACAUGCACAAUCUCCUGUGUAAGAGCGUGUUUGUGUAAUGCUGGUAAAACUGUCAGGCGUGUCCGACCAAUCUACAUAUUUCCUAGGUGUGUUUCAUUGCUUGACAAAGUACUGGAAAUAAGAACAUUUUGUAAAUACAUCAAUUAAAUAAUUUGACACAAUGUAAUCAUAUUACAUGCACAUAGUUUUGAAUCUUCCCCCGCGACAGCUUGCUCCUCACAUCCUUUCGCCCAGGCAUUGACUCUAUACAAUAGAGCCUAUGUCGUCACCGCAGCCUCCCUCAUCCCCGUAACGGCGGGCAUCCCGCGACCCGGUCGCUUUCCCGUAUCGAGUAGCCACUUUUCAGUGUACCAGUCGCCGUUUGUCGUUUCCCCCCGCACCUUUGAUAUAGUUUCACGUAUUUGUAUCUGUAUUCACGAUUUUAGGGAGUUUUUGACUUUUUCUUUUAGUUACACCCGUUUGGGUCUAGUUUUGUUUUCUUUUUGUUUCACUGUCCAUCCGUUAUGUUAUUGGUUCGAUUAUAUAAUUUAAUCCAUUUCUAUUUUAUGAGAACAAGUAUCUUUAUUGUUGUUUUAUGAUAUAUUAUUAUAUUUUACGUCUAUUACGUGUAUUUACGUUUAUAUUUGGGAUUGUAAAGAUGUACGACCGUGACGUCACGGCAUGUGUAGAUUUGUUUCCCGCGAAAUAAACAGUUGGUGGCCGCACUUGGUCGAAGUAA